UUGUUUUGCUCCAUCGGGUGCCGGGUGCCGUUUUUGCUCGCAAGUCAUCAUCGGCUUAUUUGGACGUGGUCUUCGUUUCAAGGCACAGCUUUUGGAACGGGACCGAAAUUUUAAACCUUCCGAAAUCUUUUGGUUUUUUUGUGUGUUAGUGGUGGUGAUUUUUUGCCUAAAUCGGUGCGUUGAUCAACAUGCAGGGUAUAUUGCUUCUGUUUUGCACCACGAUCGGUGUGGCUCUGUCGCCAAAUGAACAUCCGAUGGAUUACCUGAAGAAUCAGCGCCCUUCCUGUGCUAAGCUGACGGAUCCGAUCUUGUCGGAUAUUUUGGGUCCGGCCUUCAACUCCCGGUACAUGAGCAUCGAAAAGCCACCGAUUAUGGAAGAUGAACCGAUCGGCGGGGACGGCAGUGGGAAGCGAGGCGUAGGAAACGGUUUGUACCCUUCGUUCUACGUCGAGGAAGACCAUACGGUGGAACUCGGGGAUGAUCCGGCUUGGGCUGUUGAUCACGCGAAGGACACCAAGAAUCCGGUACUGUUGGCCAAAACCAAGCGCCAAGUUUUCGAUGGUCUUUUAAAUGAUAUGAGCCACGAGAGUCGAUCUUCGCGAUCGAGCAAGGGUCGCGGACAGGGUCAGACCACCGGAAGUGGAAGUUCCCGGCCUUGGCAUUGUGAGGGCAAGAUUCGCUGGAUCGAUUUGGGGUACGAUUACUUCCCGCGGUUUCUUCGUACCGUGGAUUGUUUGAAGACCCGGUGCUGGUAUGGCCAUUACCGUUGCAUCGCUCGGUCCUUCACUGUGAAGAUGUUGCGUCGUCGCAAUGGGGAAUGCGUGCCAGGCGGUGAACUCACGGAUGUCGGAGUCCAAGGAAUCCCGGUAGAGCUGCGGGAGCUCUGGGUUUGGGAAGAACGCGCGGUCAACUUUUGCUGUGACUGCGCCAUGGAAUAACGCAUAAAUUUUUCUUAUUCAAACCUAAUAGCUACGAGAUGCAAAGCAAAAAUUAAAUUACCUAUCCCUCACUAUGAGGAAAUCAUACAAGCAUAAUACAACUUUAACAUUGUAAACAUCAAUAAAGACAUCUCAACAAA